AUGGUUGACUCUUGCGCGGCACCUUCAAGCGCUGUCGCGCCGUCACCAGUGUCACAUCUACCGGGCAUCAAGGAAGAAUUUUGCAACCACAUCGACCAAACGUACAAAUAUAUUACUAUUAAUGGCGACGAUAUAGAUAUGUGUAACGAGCCUACAACCAGUACGGAUCGUACAUGCCUUCGGGUCGAGGGUUUGUAA